CGGGGUGAACAUGCGCACUGCGUGGAGCGAGAGCCCAAAGCCGCAGGACGCACCAAAUGGUCGAAGAAGAAGAAGAAGAAAAAAAAAAGAAAAGAACAACAAAGCGCUUGGCGUGCUUCUCUCAACAAGCUGUCAUGACCUGUCCCGCCGGGGAAGCGUCCUCCUCGGUACCCGCCGCCGGCAAACCCUCACCCCGCGGACUCGUGGACUAGCUCGGGGAGCUCGGCUCCAGGGAGGGGAGACCUGUUGAUAUCAGAGCCCACCGGCGCUGCAAUGGAGGCGCCAAGCAGAGAAGAAAGUUACUGAAAACAGGAAACGCCAAGAAGACUCGAUUCAAACCCCCCCCACCCACCAGACCAUCCGAGGAGGAGAUGGACAUCAUGGAUGCUCAGCGGGCCUUGGAGGCUGUGGAGAGACUGCAAGCCAAACUGAAGGAGCGAGGAGAGGCCCCCACGCAGGAGAAACUCUCCCUGCUGAAGACGGUCCUGCAGAGCCCCCUGUUCCAUCAUAUACUCAGCUUACAGCAAGCUCAGCGGAAGCCCCCGGCGAAGGGAAAGAUUUCCAAAUCCGUGUCCAUGAACUGUGGCCCCUGCCAGGGCGUGGCGUCGGACCUGAAGACGCUGAGCCACAGCGACUCCUACACAUGGGCCAUGGAGAACCGAGGGCCCGGCAGCACCAGAUCCAUCCACAGGGAAGGCAGCUUCUCCUCCCUGGGCUCGCAGGAUCUGUCCUUCUCGGACAUCUACCAGGACAACUGCGUUCACACUGAGUCACAAUACUGCACCCCACCUCGAAUCUCCCGCACCAUGUCCAUGGGGAGAAACCUGUCUGCCAUUGCUCACGAGAGGCGUCAUGUGGAGAUGCUAGAGCUGAUUAAUGACGGCAGAGGGCUUGGUUUUGGCAUCAUAGGAGGGCGGAGCACAGGCGUCAUGGUCAAGACCAUCCUUCCUGGCGGAGCUGCCGGACGGGAUAAGCGCCUGAGUAGUGGGGAUCAAAUCCUGCGCAUCGGAGAUACGGAUCUGGCGGGCAUGAACAGCGAGCAGGUGGCGCAGGUGCUGCGAAAUGCUGGUACCAAGGUGAAACUGCUCAUCGCCAGGGACGUUACCAAGGACAACCACCUUUCCUCUCCAGUCCUCAGCCAGGACAGCUUGGAUGGCAAGCUCAAUGAUGUGAAUGACGACUAUGAGUUCAGCGUGCAGUUCACUAAGAACAGUCAUGGCCUGGGAUUCACCAUUUCUAGCUACAUAGGUGACUUAAACUCAGUCUACAGCGCCGGUGUGAUAGUGAAGAGCAUAGUGAAAGGCAGCACCGUGGAUCAAGAUGGACGCAUCAACAUUGGAGACGUCAUCCUAUCUGUGGACGGGGCGAGCCUGCAGGGCUGCAGCGAGCAGCGUGCCAUGGAGGUGCUGAGGAGGACGGGCCCACUAGUCCGACUGAAGUUGCUGAGGAAGGCGGUCCGCCUGAGUCACAUCCUGCCCCCGGUCCCUCCGCUGCACCCCCUCCGACACUCCCACAGCUUCAACGAGGGCAAUCCCUACAGACUGGGCCUCAACAGGAUUCAAGAGACAGGAAUCUGCUCCCUGCGUGAAAUCUCCCGGCGAGCGGCAUACGCCAACGGACAUCCCAGACACAGUUCUAGAAACGGUGUGAAACUGACGCCGGCUGAGGAGGACGACCUGAUGAAGAGGUGGCAGCAUGCAGUCGGACAGCGAUACGAAGUCAUCGUGUGUCAGCUGGAGCGUUUCAGCGAGACAAGCGGUCUCGGCAUUAGUUUGGAGGCCCGGGCGGGGCAUCACUACCUGUGCUCCGUUUUACCUGAGGGGCCCGUCGGCCAAAGCGGCAAGAUCUUCACUGGAGACCAGAUACUGGAGGUGAAUGGGAUCCCUCUCAUCGGAGAGACACAUAAGGAGGUGGUCAAUAUUCUGAAGGAGCUUCCGAAGCAUGUCUGCCUGGUUUGCUCCCACAUCGUACCCCCAACGAUUCCCGACAGCGAUGAGGAAGACGAAGAUGACGUCCAUCUCACCCUGAAAGAGCUGCUGGCCGAGUUCAACGACAAGUUGGACCAGGGUUGUGUCAUUCCCUGUCCCACGGCCGAGGACAUCACCAAGCGCGGCGUGCCCCCCAUGUCUCCUCCUCUGGCCAUGUGGGAGAGAGAUGCUCAGGUGGUCGAGCUGGAGAAAGGCGAGUUGGGCCUGGGCUUCAGCAUCCUGGACUACCAGGAUCCUGAAGACGCCACCAAAACAGUCCUGGUAAUCCGGUCCUUGGUGCCCGGAGGUGUAGCGGACCGAGACGGUCGCCUGCUGCCUGGUGACCGACUCAUGUUCGUCAACGAGAGUGACCUGGAGGGCUCCAGCCUGGAUUACGCCGUGCACGUCCUGAAGUCCACCGGCUACGGCACGGUCCGCAUCGGAGUGGCCAAACCACUGCCGCUGGAACUGUGCGGCGGCUUGACGCCCAUCUCUGAGAGGAGCUUGCGGGCCUCCAGCGAUGACACCGACCGACACUCUCAGAUCAGCCUGCUAGCAGAAGCAGCUGGGGCUAACAGUAACCGCAACUCUGAGGACAACAGCAGCAUCAUCCAGCCGUGUUACACUUCAACGGAACACCGGCCCCGGCAUCGUUUCGGCAUCAUGGAGGACGACUUCAGGCAGCGGGCGCCGCCUCUGCCCCCCCGCACCAGCUUUGAGAGGACAAUCACUGUUGUCCGGGGCAACCGUAGCCUUGGGAUGUCGGUGAGCGCUAUCAAGGACGGUUCAGGCAUGCUGGUGCGCAGCGUGUUCCAGGGGGGCUCCGUUAGCCAGGAUGGCAGGCUGGGGGUGGGGGAUGCCAUCUUGGCCAUCAACGGAGAGCCCACCUCCAAUCUGACCAACGCCAGGGCCAGGGCCGCGCUCCGCAGGCACUCCGUCAUAGGGCCGGAGAUAAGCAUAACCUACGUCCCAGCCCAUCAGGUGGAUCAGUACCGUACCCGUCUCUGUUUACCCCCUCUGGACACCAUCGCAGCAGACAGCGCCUCCUCCUCCCCCACCCCUCCGACCCCUUCUCCAGAGCACUCCUCGGCCCCGGCAAGAUCCCCCGGUCCGGUGAGGGCCGCAGCUCCGACUACAGCCCAGUCAGCCGCUGCCUCAGUCAAAUUCAAAGCCCCAGCUCCAGAUCCUGCAGCAGUCAGAGCUCCAGCUUCAUCCAAAGCUCCAUUCAAAGGCCCAGCCGCUGUCCCUACCAUCACCCCGGCCCCGGACUCAAGUUGGCAGCUCCCGAAAUCUCUACCUCCCAAGAAGAAGGAGGAGGGAGAGAUUGCGCAGGAGAAAAAGGAGAAGACCAGUGCAGAUGUGAAAGCGCCACAGCUGGAGGUGGAGGUAAAGGUGGACGGAGAAGAGGAGCUUGGCUCUCACAGCGCAGUAUCAUGGGAUCAGCCCAGAAGUGUGUGGCUCACUCGAGCGCCGGGCCAGUCCCUGGGCAUCAGCAUAAUGGGAGGCAGAGGCAUGGGCCGGAGACUGAGCACCGGAGAGAUGAUGAGGGGAGUCUUCAUCAAGCACAUCAGCCCCGACAGCCCGGCAGCACAUAAUGGCACCCUCCGGACCGGAGACAGGAUACUAGAGGUGUGUGGCGUGGACCUGAGGGAUGCCAGUCAUGAGCAGGCGGUGGAGGCCAUCCGCAGGGCCGGAGACUCCGUGGUCUUCCUGGUCCAGUCUGGACAACACAGAUCUCAGUCCCCUAUGCUCGCCAACCACGAGAGGCUAACUCCGACGCCACAGUCCAACUCGCACAGCGGCAAGGAAGCAGAGACUCACAGUCUGUUCCUAACCCUCUCCCCUACAAACCCCUACACUCCCACCCCCUUUAAGGUGCCUUCGCCGAAAUCCGACGGAACGGAUCGGAGGAGCGCCGCGACCGCAGCGGCACCAAUCACGACGCCGGCUGAGGACGAGGGCGAUACCGGCAGGAAGAAGAUGCUCCAGCGUUACGGCAGCCUGUCCGGGAAGCUCCACAUGAUCGAGCUGGAGAAAGACCCGGCGGCUCGCGGCCUGGGGAUCGUUCUCUCGGGCAACAAGGACGGCUCCAGGGCCCGCAUGAGCGUCCACGUAGCGGAAAUAGACCCCCGGGGACCCGCCGGUCUGGACGGGCGGAUACGCGUAGGGGACGAGCUGCUGGAGAUCAACGGUCAGAUCUUGUACGGCCGGAGUCACCAAAACGCCUCCACCAUCAUCAACAACGCUCCGUCUAAAGUCAAGAUCAUCCUCAUCAGGAAUGAAGCAGCUCUGGGUCAGACGGGAUACACGGCAGCAGGCGAGGACGCGGUCGACUCCCGGACGGACGCCGCAGAGCGCGGAGGAUUAGCCGGAGACGUCCAGCACAUCAUCCUACCUCAGGAUCACAUGGGUCUCGGGCUCUGCCUGGCGGAGGGGAAGUCCAAGGACGGAGCGGUGGUCCGGUCCCUGAUCCAGCAUGGCACUGCCAGUAAGGAUGGCAGGAUGAAGGUUGGAGACAGAAUCAUAGCAGUGGGUGAUGAACCUGUGGCAGGCCUGUCAGUGGCCAAGGUGUCCAGUUUGAUUCUGGAACAGCGGGUCACCGUCGAUCUCUCCGUCAGCCGCUCCAAAAGUCUCCCCCCCUCUUCUCCACUUCUUUCCCGUCCACUCUCUCUCACUCCCGCCUCCCUCCCCUUCCCCGUCCCCUCCCAUCCCCAACCGCUCCACGCUGCGCGGACCUCUCCCACCGGGCGCUCCGAUUGGCUGGGAUCUGCUCCCACGACGUCCGACCCCCUGAUCUGCCCGGUCGCGGCUGGCGCGGAAACCACCAUCGAGUUUUGCAAAGGAAAUGUAGGCCUGGGCCUCAGCAUCGUCGGAGGAUGUGACACUCUGCUGGGGGCAGUAAUAAUCCAUGAAGUAAAUGAUGGAGGAGCAGCACAGAGAGACGGGAGGCUGCAGGCUGGAGACCACAUAUUAGAGGUAAACGGCAUAGACCUGCGGCAGGCCACUCACGACGAGGCCAUCGGCGUGCUGCGGCUCACCACCCAGCGCGUUCGCCUGUGCGUCUUCAGGCACCAGGAGGCCUACAGGGAGGAGGACCUGUGGGACGUCUUCAGCCUGGAGCUGAGGCCUCGUCCUGGAGAGGGGCUGGGGUUCACCACUGUGGGGAAGAGUAAUGACACGGGCAUCUUUGUGUCAGAUCUCAUCAGAGGAGGCGUGGCGGAUUCGGAUGGCAGGCUGUUGCUAGGCGACCAAAUUCUGUCAAUCAACGGGGAAGAUGUCCGCGCGGCAUCGCAGGAGCACACGCACGAGCUUCUACAGAGUUGCAGCGGAGUGGUCCAACUGGAGGUGGCUAGAUUCAAAGCUGGGCUGCAGUACUCACAGCAGAGCCAGUUGUGUUUUAUCCAGAGCGAAGACUCCGACUGCUCCACCCUGACACACUCAAGCGGCUGCGAUGCUUUGCUCGGCCACCAGAGGGAGACAGACAACAAGACAGGGAGCUACUCAUUUCAAGACUACCCUGACGUCAGACAAGUAAUAAUACAAAAGGGUCCAUGUGACUCCCUGGGCAUCAGUGUAGCAGGAGGAGCGGGCAGUCCCCAUGACAACGUGCCUCUUUUCAUUGCUACCAUGGAUACCGAUGGACUGGCUGCCAAAACGCAGCAAUUACAGGCAGGAGACAGGAUCCUCAGUAUCAAUGAUAUGUCCAUGGAGGGAAUGACUCGCGUCCAAGCUGGAGCCCUGCUCCAGAACGCCACCGGAACCAUCCGUCUGCAGGUGGCAGCCGCUUCUGGUGGGUGCAGCACAAAGGACCAGAAUGAUGUACGCACUCCGUCGUCAGGCCAACCCAGCAGCCUGCCUCGCUUUCACAACAACCUCUGUGCUCGCACGUAUAAGACCGUCACUCUGGAGAGGGGCUCCUCGGGUCUGGGCUUCAGCAUCGUGGGAGGGUUCAGCAGCCCUCACGGAGACCUGCCCAUCUACAUCAAAACUGUCUUCAACAAGGGGGCGGCCGUGGAGGACGGCCGGCUGAAGCGCGGGGACCAGAUCAUCGCCGUGAACGGACACUGUCUGGAGGGCGUGACUCACGGCGAGGCCGUGGACAUCCUGAAGAAGACCAGGGGGAGCGUGGUGCUGACGGUGCUCACCUGAGAACAAACCAAUGAAAUCACAAACCGGUGAUGAAGUGAUAUAGAUUUGUUUGCAAAAUAAUGAGAAGAUAAGUCAGUGUUUGUAUGAAUUUAGUUUAGGGGGAAGCUACCUCUUAACUGGUUGUGUUAACGUCCACCAUGAAGGUGUUAUUAGAACUAAUGUGUUUAUGUUAUAUGGAUCUUCAUAUCCCAAUCAUGCAUAUAUCUGUAUUAAUACAAUCAGGAUAUUUUUAAGUAACCAUAGAAUUUUUUAAAGCACCAGAGGAAACUAUUCAAUCAGCUAACUGAUGGUAAUAUAUUUUGUCCUAAUUAUCCGGUUCACGGUAUUUUUGAUAGAUUGGCGCAUUGAUAAGCAUCACUGCCCGCGAAAACAAGCUCAUGAAUACAUAAUCGUAACCAAAAAACCUCUGAAUCUGCCGACCGUGCAUCGAGACGCAGCGUCACACGUAUUCGCUCUACUUCUGUUCGUUACAUGCCAAGUGCUUCUGCCAAUCUUUUGUACGGCAGUUAGCUGUCAGGACGUCUGCUU